GUAACACAAGGCAGUAAGAGUUGUGUUGGUGUUGUAAACAUGACGUCUGUACUCUUUCUCUCAUCACUUCUGUUGACCUUGAAACUGUGCUCAGGUGAGUGGUGCUACCAGAGCCAGUUCUCAAGCAAUCACACAUGUAAAGAGCCUGCUAACUGGUACCAACUUUAUCCAAUGUGCGGAGGCCAGAGUCAGUCACCCAUCAACAUUGUCACACUCGAAGCAAAAUAUGAGUCUAAACUGACCAGCUUCAUUUUCGAAGGUCAUAAGGAUGCCAUCAAUAUCUCAGUGGAAAAUCACGAAAACUCAGUUCACUUCUCACUUCCUUCAUCUGUGAGGGUCACUGGCGGUGGUCUUACAGCCACAUACAAAGCCGUUCAAUUUCAUCUACACUGGGGUGACGACAAGGAGCCGGGUUCAGAACACGCCGUGGAUGGGAAGCGCUAUCCUGUUGAGCUCCACAUUGUUCACAUUAAAGAGCAGUACAGCUCCAUGAAGGAAGCGAAGAAUGACUCAACCGGGGUUGCAGUCCUUGCCUUCUUUUUUGAGUUGUCUUCAGAGCCGAACAAAAACCUUGACAAAAUUAUAGAGGCUUUAGGAAGAGUUCGAUAUGAAGGGAACCACAGUGCAAUAGUAGGAUUUAGACUGGCAGACAUCGUCCCGGCAGCCAGCUUGCGUUACUAUCGAUACUCAGGCUCUUUGACCACACCUGGGUGUGACCAGAUCGUCGUGUGGACUGUAUUCAAUCAAACCCUGCCCAUUACCCAAAAACAGGUGGCAUUAAUGACUCAACAGGUGUUAUUCGAAACAGAUAAACCCUUGACUGGAAUAUUCCGUCCCUUGCAGAAUCUGAAUAAACGAAUUGUGUAUACGUCUAUGAAAAAUCACGGCGUGUGUGUCCUGCCAGGUCUAAUCACGCUUUUCCUCUGCUUCUUUUGUGCUUUUGGACAACAAAGGUGUUUUUAGUAAAUGUUAAAGAAACACAAUGAGUAUAUUUAAUCUGUUUGUGCUAAUACAACAUGUUCUGUGUAACACUAUUUUAUUGAAAGAACACUGAAGAACAGCUCACCAGUAUGUUGGAACGGGGAUAUGAAGCUUGUGUUUGUCUAAUGAUACUGUGGCUUGUUGUGAAACUUGAAAUAACAAUUAAGAGUAAUUUUAGAUUUUUUUCAUCUUCUCAAAUAGUGAGGUCAACAUAAAUUUUAAAUGAUUUUUACUUUCUUUAAGGUGUAAUGUGGGACAUCUAGUGGUAAGAUUGUGAAUUGCAACCAACGGCUCAGUCCAUCACAGGACAAACAUGUCAUCUUCUGAGACAACGUAGUGACAAAAUGCGCUCUAUAGAGCAGUUUGUACGUUUAGGGCUACUGUAGAAACAUGACGGUGACUUCCAUGUAAGGGAACCCGUGGUGUAUGUAGAUAAAAACGUCUCAUUAUAAGGUAAUAAAAACAAUACAGUUCAUUAUGUAAGGUCUUUAUAUACCACAGAUAAUAUAGUUAUGUAUAUUAAAUUGCAUUUCUGUCAAGAGAUCCUUCUUUAAGUCCCACAUUGCACCUUUAAUAUAAUGUUCUGGGUCUUGUAAAUAAUUAAUUAGUGUUCAUUAUAUUUAAAGGUGCACUGUGUAAAUUUUAGCAUCAGUCCACCACUGACAACAUACCAUAUCCAAUUUUCACUUAAAACAGCAGACCACCCGGGAACUUUAUAGUUACUCAUUUUAACAUACAAUAGUAUGAUUUGGGACGUACCAGUUCUAAUUUCAAAUACUGUUUAGGAUGGAUAGUAUGCAAAUUGGGACACAGGAAUAAACCACGGUCUGUAGAGCAGUUUGUCUGUUUAGGGUUACUGUACAAACAUGGUGGCGCAAAAUUGGGACUUUCAUGUAAGGGGACCCACGGUGUAUGUGGAUAAAACAGCUCAUUCUAAGGUAAUAAAAACAAUACAGUUCAUUAUUUAAGGUCUUUAAACAAAACUGAAAACAUAUAGUUAUCUAUAUUAUAUUGCAUUGCUGUUAAGAGAUCCUUCUAAAAUUUGCACAUUGUUGUUUUCGUAAUCUUUGACCAUUUGCAAAAAGCAUUAUUUUACAUAUAAUCUGUUCUGUCUCUGUUCUCUAAUGAAAUGUUAUUUGUUUGUUCAUUGCAAUAAACUUUCCCCGGGUCAUGUAAAAGUUCCACCUUACGUU